CUGGCUGUAGCUGAUGAGAAGUUGUACGACGAUAGCAGCAUUAUCCCCCAGGAGCUCCUGUGUCCUUUCUUGCAACUCAGCUUCCUAAUAUAACGCAUUAGAUUUUGAUACACGUAUUCUCUCGCCCACCCAACGUCGUUGUAGAUUCUCGGAGGAUGGUGAUUCUCGGCCCACAUACAGUCAAAUUGAUUUUUCGUCCCUCGGUGACUUCUUCGGGAAGAACUUUGAGGAAAUCCAGGAUGCAGGCGUGGCUAUCGGGGUUGUUGCCCAAGGCGGAAACUACAGCUGGUACUACGUCUUUCCAGCUGGUCAUCUGUAUUGCAAGAAUAGCUAAACACACGCACAGCUGAAUUCGAAUAGGUCGUGGCCCAGUCGCAAAUAUCUUCAAAAGCUCCAAAACUUGGUCUCUGAGUGAUGGUAGUGCCUCACUUGGUAUUUGGGAGACGUCGUACGUUAUCUAGUACCAUCAGCCCCGUCUGAACCCAUGUGUGCCGUCUGGUUGUCCUACCUUUCCUCUCAACGUUGUAGCCGCGAACAAUUUAGCCUCUGCAUCUGCGGUAGACUGAAGGAUGCCGAUAGUGACCUGCCAUGCUUCCGCCUGCAAAAUCGGUGAGCCUCAUGAAUAAACGUCCCAGCCUCAGCCCUGUCCUCCUACUACCUACCGAUUUUUGAAAGCUCUCUAGAUACGCGUGCGCCGCCUUCUUCUGUUCCCUUUGACCAUCGCGCAUGGUGGACAUAGCAGUGAGUACAGGCGCGAAAGCCCCCGCCGGGCUGUUGCCGUUCGAGACCAUGACGACCAUCUGGUGAUGGAGGGGUAGUGUGGAAAGUGGAGUGUCGGAGCCUUCAAGUGCAAGACAGCACGAAACAGUAGCAGAAAACUUCUCGGUCACUUGUGAAAAAGCUUCGAGAUACCGAGUAGUCGAGAGGUGAUGUGGCGUGGGAAUGGCGGGGGAGGAGUCUUGUUUGUUUUUUUGGGAGGAUGGAUUGUGCAGCCGAAGUUCGAGUCGGUCGUGCCUUUCCCCGCUAGCGCCGUUCAUUUUUGGCAGCCUCGUUCAAAGGCUCGUGAAUCGCGACUGGCACCUGUUCGCAGACUUUGAAGCAACGCGACGACCCUAAGAGACCACUCUCAACUUCCCAAAUCGACAAUUCCAGGCUUGGGACGCUCUCAAAUCCCGAACCAAUACCCACCCUUCAGCAAUCAUGAACAGAGGUGGAGGCGGUGGACGCAAGGUCCUUUUACCCCCAAUCAACUUCAUCUUCAAGCUCCUGCAGCAGCGAUCGACGGUCCAGAUCUGGUUGUAUGAGCAGUUGGCUAUCAGAAUCGAGGGCAAGAUCAGAGGCUUCGACGAGUUCAUGAACCUUGUUAUCGAUGACGCUGUAGAGGUCAAGCAAGCAACAAAAACAAGUGAGGAGAGCCGGAGAUCAUUAGGGCAAAUACUAUUGAAGGGAGAUAAUGUUUCGUUGAUCCAGAGCUUGAAUGGAUAGAGGGUGUCAAAAGGCGUUAUCUGAAUUCAAGUUGGGCUUAGCAAGGACAAAAGAACCGAAGGGUUGCGCAGGGAGGUUGGGGGAGUAUCGACUGCUAUUCGGCUUCAUUCGUCCUCGAAUUCUAUUCCCUGAGAGGGCCUUCCAAGAGUUUUCCAUCGCCUACCACCAGACUGUGUAACAGGUUAUCAUGGUCUCCUACGGGAACUGAGGAUCUGGUCUGGGUACCCAGAAAUUGCUCCUGAAGAGCCAGACCACAUAAAAUUACAUCUGUUCCUGGGCUCGUCGGUCCCGUCGCCUGUGAUUCUCGACUUUGCAUGUAUCUGUAUAAGAAGUAGUCGUAAAAGCCCUUUCCAUGACCUAGCCGCCUGAUAUAGCCAGUCUUUGGGUCAAGGUCAAAAGCCACACCGGGCAUGAGUAUGAGAUCAAGUGGCUUGUUCUCUUGAGUUGAGCUUUUGAGUAUAUGUUCUCGUUGGUCCACAGUAUUCGGACCGAUUGUUGGUAUUCCCCAGCUGUCUCUUUCCAGAGAAUCAUAUUCAGAUAGAGUCCUUAAAUCCACCAUUUCCAUUACGGAGCGAGGAGUGUCAGGAGGUGGAUCCUGAGCCUUAUGAAGAUACGGCACAAAAACCUGCUUUCCAGACUGAAGAGCAUGGCGUACAAUGGCAUCCGUUUGGACCUCGCCUAUUGGCAUUGACAGGUAAAUACCAAUGCGCUUUGCGUCUUGGUAUGGCUUGAAGCCUGUGACUGUCUCAAAUAUUGUAGCAC